UGAUGAUUUUGGAAACUUAUCAAGACUGUCAAGCAAUAAUAUUUCGAUUAAUUCAGAUGAAACCUUUUUAGCGACCACAUCGUUGUCUACUAUUGAUAGUGGUUAUGCAAUAUUUCAGGCUUAUAUUACUCGAGAAAAUUAUAACACCAACAGAACAUUUUCACGUGCCGAACUGAAUGUCACUUUCAUAUCCUUUAAUCAAACAAUUCCGGAUUAUCGAAAUUUUAUUCUUUACCAAGAUUAUCAACCCAGACUUAAUAUUUCAAAUCUAGGAGUUUAUUGUGUUACAGUAUCUUUUGGGGUUGGCCACAUUUGCACAGUUUUUGUGAACAGCAGCACCAUAUCGUACUAUGUAAAAAUUAAUUUUUUGUCAUCAGGAGCAGUGUUAUCAUCAACAAUAAUACCUCCUCCACCUAAAAUACCUAGUUUACCUCAGCAAAAUUUUAGAAUGAUGCAAAUGCCAUACGGGGGUUAUAUAUUUGAUUCCAACUCUUAUAGUCUUAGUAAUAAUACUAGCUAUCAUUAUAUUUAUGCUUAUGACGAAGAUAAUGAUCUUAUAGAUUCAUUUUCUAUUUAUACCAAUGAAUUCGAUGUUGACGCUAUUAUGAAUAAUAAUACAUUACUGUUUGCCUCACCUUAUACAAAUAGUCAAAAUACUUCUUGGUCUUUAUUAACUAUUCCAAUGCCUCAAGUUCUAAUGGAACGUGAUCAUGGUUAUGAAAAUCUCUUGGUCGACAAAAUUAUUCCACCUAUUAAUGCUAUUGUCAAUUCAUCAACGGAUGCUUUAAAAAUCACCUUCUAUGAACCUAUCGUUCUGUCAACGGGCAAUAUCACUAUCUAUAAAAUGUCUGAUAAUAACAUUAGGCAAACAGUUUCAGGAACAGUAGAGGCAUUCUGUACAAUUGAUUCAGAUGAGAAAACAGUUAUUAUAAAGGUCAUUAGUAGCACAUUCAAUGAGUAUGGUCAAUUGUAUUCUGUGAUAAUGGAUAAUAAUUUUGUCAAAAGUAAAGACUAUAAUGAACCGCUAAAAGGAAUUGUAGGAGGGAUUCUCAAAUAUUAUUCAACAUAUAGAACACAACCCUCAGAAAGUGAUAUCUGUUCAGCCCGACUCACAACGGAAGCAACAAUAAAAUUUUUAAACCUAUCUAAGUAUGAGCAAUAUAAAUAUUUUGACUCCUUACUAGAUGAAAUUUCUAUAAAAUUGCCAGUCAACCGUGAACGUCUAAAUAUAUUUGGAAACCCCCGAUCCAUUUAUAAUCCUAUUACAACUUUGGAAAAUAUCGAAUUUUAUAUCUUAAUCGUAAAUUUACCAAAUCCAUCACAAAAUGAUAAAAAUAUUCCAGGAGUGAUAUCAGAUUUAGACACUAUGAUUACGUAUAAGAUGGUUACUGAUUUCUCCUUUGGUUUAACAAAUGACUUAGACUCAUCCUUCGGUUUUAAGUCAAGUGGUGAGUUAAUAAUCUCAUUUAAAGAUGUUAUCAGAUUAUCCAAACAGAUAUUCAAACAGAUAUCUAAAUAG